AUGGCUCUAUCCAGAUCUCAAGACCCUGCCUGGUGCUUGGAACCUCCCAUCCCCAUGGUCCCUGCCUCUUCAUCCUCCUCCUCCCGGGAGGGGGAGAUUUCUGGGAGCCCAGGAGUCUCUGGUGGGCUUCCCUUGGAGAAGGUGAAGCGGCCCAUGAACGCCUUCAUGGUGUGGAGCUCCGCACAACGCCGGCAGAUGGCGCAGCAGAACCCAAAGAUGCACAACUCGGAGAUCUCCAAACGCCUGGGUGCUCAGUGGAAGCUCUUAGGGGAAGAGGAGAAGCGGCCCUUCGUGGAGGAGGCCAAGCGGUUGCGGGCCCGGCACCUGCGCGACUAUCCUGACUACAAGUACCGGCCCCGUCGCAAGACCAAGAGCUCAAGCGCCGCCCCACCCCACUUGGGCCAGGGAAGUGGUGGCCCAGCUGGUGGUGGGCGGAUCUGGGGCUCUGGAUACCCGACCACUCAGGGAAGCAGAGGCUUUGGGUACCAACCCCCCAACUAUACAACCACCUACCUGCCUAGCAGUUACAGUUCUCGAAGUAAACCGGAGGCCCCCACGCUGUGUUCCUUCCCUCAGAGUAACCCCAGGCUCCAAGGCGAGCUGCUGCCCCCUUAUAAUUCCUACCUGGCCCUGGCCUCUCCCACUCCUUACAACCCUCCGCUCUCAGGGGCUCUCAUGCCCCUGGCCCACCUUUAA